AUGGAUAUUCCGACUGAUGUUUGGGGGCAGUUAGCUUUGGAAGCCAGUCAAGUUUACUUGACUGAGGGCGGGCAAGUCAGGAGUCCGUUCGCUAACACGACUAUAGAAAAGCUUCCAGACAAAGUAUUAUUGAAUAUAUUUUCGUAUCUAACACAUCGAGAAAUAUGUCGAAUGGCAACGGUAUGCAAAAGAUGGCGAAUGGUCGCUUACGAUACAAAACUGUGGACUCACGUGAGUUUACGACCUGAGAUAUCAGGAUUACAUGUUGGGUCACUGGAGUCUCUCCUAGCGCUAAUAUCGAUCAGGUUUGGUCCUUCACUGCGCUACAUCGAGCUGCCGAUAGAACUGAUCACUCACACGGUGCUCCACGAGCUGGCUGCUAAAUGCCCUAACUUGACACAUAUGCUGCUGGAUUUUAGUACUGCUAUGCAGCUGCACGACUUCUCCGAGAUGCAGGCGUUCCCCACGAAGCUGCGGUACCUGUGCAUCUGUCUGUCCGAGGUCAUCUUCAUGGAGGGUUUCAUGAGGAAGAUAUACAACUUCAUCAACGGCCUUGAGAUCCUGCAUCUUAUUGGCACAUAUGAGAAGGUGGAGGAAGAAGAGGAGGAAAUAUACGAGGUUAUCAACGUGCAUAAGCUGAAGUCUGCGACUCCCAACCUGCGCGUCAUCAACCUGUACGGUAUAAACUUCGUCGACGACUCGCAUAUUGACGCCUUCAGUUCUAAUUGUAUACAGCUCGAGUGCCUGGCUGUGAACUUCUGCAACAAAGUGACAGGGUCCACCAUGAAGACCUUGUUCCAACGCUCCAGGAGACUCACCUGCCUGCUCAUGAACGGAUGCAGUCUCCAAUCCGAGUACGUAAUGCAAGUGGAAUGGGAGAAGUCUUCGAUCCAGGAGCUGGACGUAACUGCCACGGACCUGUCGACGGAGUGUCUGAUAGACAUGUUGACCAGGAUUCAGAACUUGAGGUUCCUCAGCGCUGGACAGAUUAACGGCUUCAAUGACUCCGUGCUGAAAGCCUGGAUGGAGGCUGGUACUGCUAGAAACCUGGUGGGCCUGGACGUGGACUCGUCCGACAACCUGACGGACGAGGCGCUGCACCGGUUCCUGUCGCGGCACGGCAACCAGCUGCACGGACUCGUCCUCAGCGGGAUGCCACACAUCACCGACCAGCUCUGGCAGAGCGUGCUGCAACUGCUUGUCAAUGCCAAGAUCCUUAUUAUGGGCACACAAGAACGUCUUGGAGUGAACAUUCACGUCGAUCAACUGAUGGACGGCAUAGCAAACAGUUGUCCUAACUUGGAGCGUCUGGAACUACGUUGGGAUCCAGAAAACUUGCGUUUUAGUGACAAGAGUCAAAAGGCUAUUGAUAUUCUGCGCGUCAAAUGCUUGAAACUCAAAUGUUUAGUGCUCAGCGACGGUCGUUACUACGAAAUCGUAAAGGCGAACUUCGAGCGAGCUGACCGUACGACCGUGGUCCGCACAUCAACCAAUUGCCGCGUCUCCAACUACUACCUCCUGUCCAAUUACAAGGAUCUUAUAUUCAACUAA